CCAGCCACCAUCACUCCCACAGCUCACACAGCCAAGGAAGCCAUCUCUAUUGCCAGAAACAUGGUCACCCAAGCAUCCAAGCUUGCAGACACCCAUGAGGAGCAGACCAGGCUGCUGGAUCUCCUGGAGGUUUUCAGAGACUUCACAGAGAACAACAGGGUCAACAAGCAUGGUGUCUCAGUUCUUGCCUCCCAGGUCUCCAAUCUUGAGUCUGUCUCUAGAUCCCUUGGAUCCAAGGUCAAGCAACUCCAGAAGCCAACAACUGCCACUACUGCAACCACUGCUACCCCUCCUGAACCCACCCAGCCCUCUCCUCCCACCAGGUCCUAUGCCACCACUGCUUCCAACAGCCAGCCAAAGACAACAGACUGGCAACUGGUAGGCAACAAGAAGACACCAGCACCCACUCCCAAGAACUCCCUCAGCACCAGACAGCUUGUACUGCUUCAAGAGCACCCAGCCCCCUUCAACUCUCUCCAGCUCAGGAAUGCCUUCAAUCAGGCCUUUGUCAACAAAGGAGUCAGCAGUCCUGUUGUUGCUUUAGUCACCCCUAGUGCCAAACAGAACAUUGUCCUUACCACCACUCCCACUUUCACUGCCAAAUACCUGCUGGAGAACCAAGACAUCUGGCAGACCCUUACCCCCUUCAAGGAAGCCCUACCUAUCCAGCCAUGGUAUAAUGUAGUUGUGCACAACAUUCCAACCUCCUUCUCAACCAAUGAACAGGUGCAGCAGACCGGCUCUGUUUGCAUUGCAUUUGCCACUGAGCAAGAGGCCCAGAGAGCCAUCAGGAGCAGACUGUACCUGCUGGGCAUCAGUGUCAGGGUGGAGAAGCUGCACUCUACUCCUGCCUCCUCACAGUGCCAGAAGUGCCAGCGCUUUGGACACACUGAAACCAAAUGUUCCAACACCACAGCCUGCAAGAUCUGUGCAGAGCCUCAUCCCACCACCCUGCACAAGUGCAAUACCUGUGGAGCCAAGGGCAAGUCAUGUGUGCAUACAGUGCCAGUCUGUAUGAACUGCAAAGGAGCCCACACUGCAGACAACAAG